AUGAUUGACAACGGCGGUCGUGUAGCUAUUUCCUUAUUUCCUCCUCCUCAAGAAGAUGCACGAUCACACUGGAGUGAAAUAUUUCAACCAACGCUCGGAUCUCAAUCUCAUCUCUAUCAGCUUUUAAUGAAUAAGAUGAGAAAUGAUCAUCGAAUUCAAAUUCUACGGUCGGACACUGGUCAAAUACUGAAAAGUUUUGGAAAAACGGGCAGUGUUUCUCUCAAGAUAAAACCAACAAUUGCCAUAUCGAUAUGCAACGCUAAAGCCUUAAUUGUACCUCAGAAAAAUCGUAUUCAAGUGAUAUCCCUCUCUACAGAGAGAGUGUUGUGCACUCUUUAUUGUGAAUACGACCACAUUUGUGUGGACCACUUUAACAACAACAUAAUUGUGGCAUUAGGGAAAGACCUAUCAAUGUAUGCCCUCAAUCCCUCAACAUUUAAGCUUGAAAAGAUUUCUACAAUGAGCUACCAGUUUGUACGUCCGUUGGUGAGAAUGCGUGUGGAUGGGUCUACAGGAGUCUUAUUCUAUCUACCGACUUCCAUUUGA